AUGAUAAAAUGGAACAAUUCUUGGGCUACCGCCUCUGCCGACACGAGGCCCCGCGUAUCAGUUAGACUAUUAGAUAAAAACAUCGAGGCGUUGUACGAUCCCGGCAGCCAAAUCACGGCACUCCGCGAGUCUGAGUUCGACAAUCUAGUUGCCAACUCGAAUUUCUCGCCCAUCCCCGCAGCAACCACUCCGGUUGCACUGAAAGCCGCAGACAGUUCGCACUUCUCCGCAAAAAUUUUUAUGCUCCCCUUUGAGUACAACAGCAAAAAAUGCCUUUUCCCAACGUACGUCGCGAAAGAGUUGUCCAGCAAAUUGAUAAUUGGAGACAACUUUAUUAAGUAUUUUAAUAUCGCAUAUAAUCCUAAACCCAAAACGGACCACAUCGGCAUAAUUGCAAAAAAUUCCGACAGCUUCACACUAGACGCGAACGAACAGAAGCGGGUCAUCGUCCAGGUGUCACUUGACACCUCAGUAACACUCCCCAAAACAGUGGUCAUUGACCAGCUCCCAGACGCUAAAUACCACGUUACAGCUGCUCUAUACACCAUAAACGACCACAAAUGCAGCCUGCCAGUCAUACUCGCGAACACCACGCCACUGCCAUUUCACUUUCCCCCAAACUCAACAAUCGCGGCAGUGACGCUACUCGAUCAAAAUCAAAAACUUGUUCCCCUCACACCCGACACUGCCAAAUCAUUAUGCGCAGUCAACAUCAAACAAAAACGCGUCACACCAGAGUUCAUCAACAAACUCAAACAACAAUUCCGCGCCCCCCACCUUUCUCAACAACAACAACAAGAAUUAAUGAGCGUCAUCAUAGCCAACGCUGACGUUUUCAGUUCCGAUAAAUACGACUUGGGCAGAACACAAACUCACCAGCACGACAUAGCCCUAAAAGAACAAAAAAUAAUUUUCCGCAAACAAUUCCGCAUUCCACAGGAACACAUCCCGGUACUUCAAGAGCACACCGAAAAGCUGCUCGCCCUUGGCGUAAUUAAACACAGCAACUCAAAGUUCAAUUCCCCGGUUUUCUGUGUACCCAAGAAAGAUGGUUCGCUCAGAAUAGUCAUCGACUAUCGCGACCUCAACAGAAUUUCGCAGCCAGACUACUAUGUCACCAAGACAAUCGAUGACUGCAUCGACAUAAUAGGCAAAAACAAAAGCACGAUAUUUUCUUCACUCGACCUCACAUCGGGAUUCCACCAAAUGCCCCUCACACAACAUGCCCAAGAAUACACAGCCUUCAGCGUACCAGAAAUGGGCAGUUUCCAAUGGACAACGUCCCCCUUUGGCCUCUUUGGUUGUCCGGCUAGUUUCAGCCGCCUAAUGGACAAGGUAAUGUCCGGCCUCCCACACACCCUCUGCUAUCUUGACGAUACACUCAUUCACAGCAACACUUGGCCCGGACACUUGCUCCAUCUUCAACAAACCUUUGACAGGUUACGACUUCAUAACCUAAAAUUAAACAUGGCAAAAUGUUCCUUUGCUCAACAGGAACUUAACUACCUCGGGUUCAACCUUUCCAAGCUCGGAAUCACCCCGGGGUAUGAAAAAGCUAAAACCAUUGCAAACGCCAGCCCACCCGACUCCAAGAAAAAGAUACUAGAAUUCUUGGGUCUAGCAAAUUACUUCCGACGACACGUCGAGAACUUCGGUGUUAUUUCCCAACACCUCUCAAACCUUACCAAAAAAGAUUCCGAGUGGAAAGGCGGCCCCCUCCCCGAAAACGCGCUACAGGCUUUUAACAAACUCAAACAAGCGCUUUCAGCAGCCCCGGUAAUGGCAUACCCAGACCCCAAUUUAACCUUUCACCUCACGGUCGACGCGGCGACAGGUGACCAGCAAAAGCCAGGUGGUUUGGGCGCCUACCUUUCACAGUUUCACAACGGUGUUGAAAAAGUCAUCGCUUACGCAUCCCGAGGCCUAAAGCAACACGAAAAAAAUUACCCCCCCUUCCUCCUCGAAAUGCAAGCCGCGGUAUACGGAAUCGACCAUUUCUACGUAUACCUCACAAACCGCCAUUUUGAACUGCACACCGACCACAAACCGCUCCAAAAGUUGUCCACCCAACACACAAAAACUCUUAACAGGUUACAAGAAAUGAUGUUGACUUAUGACUUCAACAUCAAUUACAAGCAAGGCUCUUUAAACGUAGUCAGCGACUACUGUUCCCGCAAUGUCGCCGCAAUUUCUCACCAAACCACCCAAGACGCAACAAACUUUUUCGACAUGGACCCAAAAGACAUGCACAUCCUACAAAUGGCGGACCCCGAGCUCAAUGCCCUCUUUGCCUAUGUCAACAAUAGAGAAGCACCACCCCCACCCUUCCGCAACUUUGUCCGGCACCACGCAAUUAACACUCUCCUGCACGAUGACUUACUUUUCACCACACAAAAGGUUAGAGGAGAAACCAGGUUCCUCCUUUUCCUCCCCACAGCCCUGCAAGACGACGUGAUCAAAAUGGCUCAUAACAGCCAACUUGCAGGUCACAAUGGUAUUUUUAAAACUGUCAACUGCGUAAAUCAAAAUUACUAUUUUUCCGGCCUACAAGCAGCAGUUGAAAAACACAUCAAAGCAUGCAUCUCAUGCCAAAAGGGCAGAAAUUUCGGCAAAAAUCCAACAGCACCCAUCAUCCCCCUCCCCCAAGAAAACGGCCCUAACCAGCGAGUACACGUGGAUCUAUACGGUCCACUCAAGAGUGACUCAGACGCCAAGUACGUUCUAGUCAUGACCGAUGCUUUCUCCAAGUACGUGGAACUCGCUGCCAUUCCUAACAAGGAAGCAAAGACGGUCGCAACAGCCAUCUUUGAUAAGUGGAUCUGCCGCCACUCAGUCCCAAUAACAAUUCUUUCCGACGGCGGACGUGAAUUCUGUAACAAUAUAUUCUCAGAAUUACUCACUAAACUAGGAACCACCCACCUCACCACCACCCCCCGCCACCCGCAGUGCAAUGCUCAGGUGGAACAAUUUAAUAGGACGAUGACCCGGUAUCUGCGCGCGUUCACCGAUGACAACACUCUUGACUGGCCAAACUAUUUAUCCGCACUUAUGUUUUCAUAUAACACGGCAAUACAUAAGGCUAUCAAAACUUCACCCUUCCGGUUACUGUACAACUGCGCCCCACGUCUACCGUUCUUCGACGCCGACGCCCCCAAAACAAUUUUCCUGCCCAACACCCACGCACAAGAACAAUUACUGCAAAUUCAACGUGCGCGCGAAAUUGCCCAAGAAGAAAAUAUGAGUUUCCGCGACGCUUAUACCCAUUUCUUCAAUCAAAACCGCCCCACCCCCAACUUUUCGAUAGGCCAAAAAGUUCUGCUACACGCCCCAAAUCUGGUCACUCGCGCAAGGAACCUCAAGCUAGCCAAUCCUUGGGUCGGACCAUUUUCCAUCACCAGGGUGUUUGAUAAUCAUAAUUUGGCAAUCGUUAACGACGCCAAUAAAAAGCAGACUUUCCGUGUCCAUUUCGAUAGAGUUAAACCAUUUCACUCCAAAAAACAGGACUCCGAGGUAAGCCAAUUUUCCGAUCCGCGCACCACUCCCGAUUCCCCACCAAUCACCAAUGAUCAAGAAUACCAUUUUUCCCCGGACAACCUUUCUCUUCUACCACCACCACCUCAGUCCAGACUCCAACCACCAACAUCCACACCACUACCACAACCAUCUCCCCCCCAAUCACCGCCAACCACGACAAGUACACACGCAACCACAACCACGCCAACAUCCACGUUCCAACCAGACAGCCAUUCCACGCCGCAACCAUCCACGUCCUCAUCUUCUAAAAAACCAUUUACAGGUCAACUCCAACAAGUGACACGAUCACUGGCGAAACGGCUCGGCAUCUCCGUCAAAGAAGAAUCGCUACCAUCACGGCCCAAAGAAUAUCGAAGCCACCGGCCAAUCCGACCGUUCACAUCACCGGAUCACGUCCACAGACCGCCACGACCUUUCACCAACCUUUCACCACCUCCACGUCCACAACCAACCAGCCCUUUCUCUCCCACCAACAGUCCAAGGCUCAGAAACAUCAUCGCCGGCCGACAUGCUGCACGUCAACUUUCUUCGCCUUCUCAUCUCAUUCCUCCUUCUCCUUCUUCCUCCUCUCACGACAGCACGGAACACUACGUCACCGGAGACGAUCUCUCCACCUAUCCUGAAGACGACGACGGGCCACCUCCUCCUCAUUAA